CAAUAUUUUACGCUGUGUAAUUGGGGCGCCUCGUGAUAGUGGGACAAGAGCAGUGGUUGUGAGGUGGCAGGGAAGGAAGCUCGUGUUCUUUAGUGCCCCAUCCGAAGAGGUAGAAAAGGGGGCCAUCCACUACCCGGCUGCAGUCUCCUCUUGAGCCCCAAGAGGAAGAAGAAGAAGAAGAAGAAGAGGAAGAGAACGAGGAAGUAGGAAAGGAAGGAGAACAAGUAGGUGGAGGAGGAGGACGGAAGACACAACACAAGCUAAAACACACACACACACACACACACACACACACACACACACACCAUAACUCUUCCCUACCACCACCACCACCACCACCACCACCAUGGGUAUCUGUUCCCGCUGCUUCUGUGACCCCUACAAGCUGACCUACAUCUCCGCCAUCGUGACCAGCAUUGAGGCGGUGGCGUUCGCGGUCCUCAACAUCGUCUUUAUGUGCAUGUACAAAUGUGCCAUCGCGCCGCCCAGUGAAGUCGCGCUCGGAUUCGACAAGUUUUGGCGCUUCUACUUCUUCGACGAAGACUCGUGCAUAAAGCAGGGCCACCACAUUCCCUGGUGGGCUACAACCAACAACUCUGACUACGUGUUCGCUCUUUCUGACGACGAGAGGUCCCUCACGACGCCCCAUGACAACUACAUCUACCAGACGACCUACCUCGGCCUCCACACAGCCUGGAUCGUCACCGGCCUGAUCCUGAUAUACGGUAACGCCCGGAAGAAGUGGGGUUACUACAUACCAUGGCUGCUGGUGUCCACGGCGAUCAUGGUGAUGGACAUAACGGUCUCCGCCUUCUGCAUCACGGACCUGGUGACGGUGGACUCGAAGGGCUACAAGAGCGCCAUGUUCUGGAUCCUCGCCCUCUACUUCCGCCUCUUCCUCAUCUUCUUCCUUAACAUGUCCGAGUUCGCCAGCGCCUUCAACGCCUUCUGCAAAUCCCGCCACAAGAGGAGCAAGCAGGCGCGGCAGAGAGAGAAAAUGGCGAAGGCGCACCAGGAGGAACUUCAGAGGGCGGAGGCUGCGGCGGAGGCGCGGGCGAAGGCGCAGAUGGCGGAGGAAUACCAGAAGCGGGAGCAGCAGCAGCAGUAUCAGCAUCAGCAUCAGCAUCAGGGAGGAGGCGUGGAGAUGCGCAAGAUACCGCCGCCGGUGCCCAAGAAGCCCGCGGCGCCACAUGAGCUGCGUCCCUUCAGCUACCUCAACCCCGCCUUCCGCCCCAACGACCCGACGGACGUGGAGGGCAUGAGGGCACACUCCGCCUUGCCCGAGGACCUUAUUGGGGGGCCCUUGAGCAUACCCUCUCCUCUGGCCGGCCCCUACUUCCCUAGCGACGGGUACGACAAGACAGGAGGCUUUCCCCGACGGCAUGACUCUGUGAGGGCUGACCGCACCCAGGCGCCGCACCCCGCCCUCAGACGAUUCUCCUCCACCCGCAUCCAGCCCAGCCACCCCAGGAGGCCCUUGGACCCCGCCCCGGACUAUGACUUCACGUUGAAACGCGGACCUCCCGGCGCCGGCCAACAGCAAAUGCCUCGCGUCAACAGCCGGGCCCAGCAACCCAGGGACGGCGCCCCCCAUGGCUACCCCCAGCGGCCCCCCAGCUACGGCGCCCCAGGACCCUCUGCCCCCCCUUAUGAUCCAGACCAAGGGAUGCAAAGAACUCUCUACCACGUAUAGCCAAACACACCAAAGCCCUUAUUCUUGAUCCCCUUUGACUCUCACAACAGUUUUCAAAGGUCGGGUUAUCAUGAGUGUGUUUUAUGAUCAAUCUGCAGGAGCCUUGUCAAACUAUCAUCAGGCUCAUAAAACUACCAAUGGAGAUACCCACAACUCUUUCUUUGCUUCGUUUUCAAAGGCUACAAAGGGUUUUCAUGAGUGUUUUUUUUAUGAUCAUGUUACAGGAAGCCUUGUCAAACUACCACCAGGGUCACAAAACUAAUGGAAAUACCCACAACUAGCUUUUCAUUAUAUUUUCAAGGGCUACAUAUGUCUGUAUAGUCUAUCCUAAGCAUUAAACAGAAAGCAUAUCACACCUCAGAAUGCUACUUGUUCAUGAGAAGUAUACUAAAUAAUGUUGAAUCGUGUAUAGAAAAGAGGGAAUAUUGUAUUUUUGUUAUAUAAUUCGUAUAGUUUGUAGAAAGGAAUGAAGGCGAACAAAGUAUAUAUCUACGUUUUUAUAUUAUUUUUGUUAUGUGUGUGUAGGUGUAUGUGUGUGUGUGUGUGUUUAAAAAAAGGUAAUAAAAAUGUCCGUUGUCAAAGUCA